CAAACAAGUCUAGCUGAUAUUUCUAUAAGAUGAUAACUUUUUGCUAUAAACUGGCCACAUUAUGGUUUCUAUUUAGGCUAAAUCUACUACAGGUUUAUAUUUCGGCAACGUCUAAUUCCCAAAGUGCAGCCAUUAUAUCUGGUACGAAGGCCGAACUCGGUCAAUUUCCCUGGUAUGUGCUUUUAAAGAGAAAUAAAAAAGAUAAACUAUUGUGUGGUGCCUCUCUUAUAUCCAAUAAAUGGGUGUUAACCUGUGCUCAUUGUAUUGACGAUGAGGUUUCCGUUGUAUUGGUAUUUGGUACUAUAAAACGGACCAAUAUGGAGGUUUUUAUGACUUCUAAGAAAUUUUUUAUACAUCCAGCAUAUGAUGACGAAUAUCUAUUUAAUGACAUUGGUCUAAUUGAGUUACAUACACCAGUGACCUUUAACGAUAACAUAAAAGCUAUUGAAUUGAUAUCACCCGCAGAUGCUGCAAAAAAUCAAUUACUGGGCGCUGAAGCGAUUAUUGCCGGUUAUGGACAGACUACAGAUAAUAUACGUAAAUAUUCCCUUUGGUUGCUAUAUGCUUCUGUAGCAGUUGUCAAUAAGACAAUUUGUGAAGAAGCUUACGAAGAACAAAUAGAGGAUUCAGUUAUUUGUACAAAAGCUUCUAAUAAUUCGAAGGAAUCUGCAUGCGAUGGUGAUUCGGGAGGUCCGUUAGUUUGGAAGAAUGCAGCGAAUAAGUUUGUACAAAUCGGUAUAAGUUCUUUUUCGAUGGUAAACGAAUGUUCGAAAUUUCCUUCGGGUUAUACUAGAGUUUCUUCGUAUUAUGAUUAUAUACAUAAUAUAACGGGUUUAAAUUUUAAUUGAUAUUAGAAUAACUUUUAAAGAUUUAAAGCUGAAAUAAAAACUUUGUAUAUAAUCAUAUGGA